AGCUGGUACCACUACAGUAUAAAUCGACAUGCAGCAGAAGGCCUUCUCAUGGCAAAUGGAAAAGAUGGGAGUUAUUUAUUAAGGGCAAGCACAUCCAAUCCUGGAGAAUAUUCACUGUCAGUAAAGUAAGUCAGUUUCAAAGUGUUAUCAGAAGCCUUUUAGCUAAAUGCCUUCUUGCAGACUUCCAUGUCAUUUAAGUGAUGGCAAAAUAGUAAUGGUUGGCCAUGGAGCAUAAUAAUUUCUAACUUGGAUGCUGUUUCUUCAAAAGAUCAUUGUCUAAUUCAGAAAAAUUCACCAAGAAGACAAAUAAUAUUGUUUAGACAGUCAUUGAGGUAACAUGUAAAAAAAGGAAAAAUAUUAUAGAUAUAGACAAACUCAUUUCAAAGUCAGAUGAUUGCAUUUUCAAGUUGCCACAUGGGUUUGGUGAAAACUAAAAUCCCUUUAAGCCUGGAAUAUAAUUUGUACAGUAGCUGAUCAAUUUCCACCCUCCAAAUGCUACAAAAAGACUUGUAUUUCUUAAAAAACAGUAAGAUAUCAAAUGUGAAGAAAAAGGAGGUGUAAAAUUGUAAGGUUAGAAAAUUUCUUUUUGAGGCCAAUAAAAAAGGGUCUGAGUAUUUUUAGUUCUAAGGUGAGGCAAGUUUGCAAUUGGGUAAUGAAAAUAAUAUCUUAGCUUUUUUAUGGUGCUCACUCAAAGCCGAUUUUCCAUUUUAUACAUCUAUUUCAUUACUUUUGUAGUCAUCUAGAAAUGGAAGAGAGUUUUGUCACACCCAGAGACCUUGUCACACCUAUGCGUACUUACAUGUAGAUGAUUCAUUGUUUGGUGACUAUUACCCUGUCAUCUUUUAUCUCAAAGUCCUCCUCCCCUGGCAGCAUUAGAUGUAUUUCUGUAUUCGUCACCACAUUGAAAUGAAUGCUGACCAAAGGACAGCAAGAAAUGAAGCAGAAUUAUAUUCCACCUGAAUUCUAGAGUUCAAAAUGUUUUGGAAUGGCAUAUGAUUUUAUUAAAAAAGUGUAGGUCUAGUCAUAAAAAUAUAUUAUACAUGUAAAUCAAUGUAUGCAGUUGUUUUUGUGAGUUAUACAUGAGCUGACCAUUUUGGAGCUACAUGUACAUGUAAGCAUUCUCUUAUCUUUUGUGAUUGGCAUCAUCCCCCAAAACUUGUUGGACUACUGUUUUUACUGUUGAUCCAUUGGCAGCCAAAUUGACUGCCAUUUGGCAGAUUGGCAAAUCUUUAGCAAUAAAAACAUCAUUUGACUGUCAGUCAACUGUUAGCAAGUGCUGUUCGUACAUUGUCAGUAUAGGUUGUCAAGCUUAUGAGCCAUAUUCUUACAAACACCCAGAGAAUUAAAUUUUUUUCAUGAUGAUGUUAAAUUUUCAUUUUUGUGUUAGCCAUCGCUGUUGACUUUCUAUUACUUAUCUAUCAGGAAGAUGUGCAGCAUGUAGUUGCUUUGAGUCUCCCCUUUGGUUCCAUUUUGAGCAAUCUACCAAAGAGUGCAUAGAUUUGACUUAACAAGUUCCUUAAGUUAAAUUUAUCUCCAGACAUUUCAUUGUUUCUGAUGCUGAACAGCUCUUGGGUAGAGACUUAAAGAAUUCAAUUGAUGAAAGAUAUAAAUUGAAGGCAAACGCAUAACUGGAAAGCACCCAACAGAAUAUCCAUAAAGCAGAAACCAAAUGUUUAGAACGUCAGUCAAUCAAUCUCCUUUUGACUUAUCUUGCAAGCAACCAGCUUUAGUUUUGAUCAGCAUUGUAAAACCUGGUUUGAAUGUAAAGCUCUUUUAAGCACCACUUUUCCUUAUUGCAAGCAGCCACUCUGUCAAAAUUAACUUCUUGAUCAAAUUUAGGGUAAUACAUACAAAAGCGCUAAAUGCAUGGUUUGUUAAAAAAAACGUGAAUGUAAUAAUUAAUGAAAUUUAAGAGCUUUUUAAUUGACUUCCACUAAGAAUGAAUGGAAUGCUCAGAAUGCAAUUUGAUCAUGCAUGUUUGGACCUUCUAUCGCUCGUAAUCUGAUCAUGCGUGGUUUGACUAUCUGUCACGUGAAACUUACGCGAAGCACAGUGAUGGAGCAAAAGGGUUUUGUCCUUCGAUCUUUGUUGCCCGCACUCUGUAACCUUUGGUUAUUACUAGUAUUUUAACCUGAAUGUAUUUACAAAAAAGGGGUUAUUUACAUACAUGUAUGGCAAGCUUUCUGCUAAAAGCUCUUGUAAGCAAACUGCCCUCAACAUGUGGAUCGCAUGGUUGCUUGCUCAGCUGCAGUUCCCAUCUCCUUUCUACAGUGGGGAAUUGAAGAGAGGGUAGCAAUACUCCAAGGAGCUUUGUUUUAGUACAGCCUUGUUAGCACAGCUGGAUUAAUUUUCAUUUUCCUCUUUUUCAGGUGUUCCAAUUCAGUGAAGCAUUUCCAGAUUGGUUGGGAUGGUUCACAGUAUAAAUUUGGAAUGGGUACUUUUUCAUGUUUGAGUGAAUUUGUAGAACACUUUGAAAACAAACCUUUGAUUGGUGGUGAUUCAGGUAAGGUUUUUACAUGAAAUUCAGCCCUAGCUGUGUACUUUUGUCGGUAAAUGUUAAGGUAGCACAAGAAUAAUGUAGAGGCCAUGGCCGAGUUGUUCAAAGCUGGGUUAAGAUAACCCAGGGUAAGUGCGAGAUUUGAGUUCAGAUUUGAAAGCUUAAACCAUAUCAGUUUUAAUUCCUUUUUGUCUACAAGUUGAUGAUUGGAAGCUCUAAAAAUAACAGACAAAAUUAUCUGAGAAAAUGCUUUUGAACACAAGGUAAAGAAACCCAGGUUAAGUUUAACCCCGUAGGUUGAAUAAUUUAUGAGAACAAACCCCAAUGAAUAAAAACAACCAACUCUCAGACUUCAAGCACAACUAACAGUUGUGGACUGACUGAGCAAAACCAACAAAUUUUAAUAGUGUAUCAAUAGAGAAUGAAUCACUGCAAAGAGGUCUAUGGCUAAAGCAACCCUAGCCUGGCAUUAACCUAUAGACUAGCUUGGUACUACAUGUAAAUGCAUGGUCUUUUCAGAGAUCAUGCACACAUCAGCCAUUUUGGUGCAAGUGUGUAUUAUAUUAUUUUUAUUAUGCAAACAAAUUCAUUUGUACUGUAGAUAAACUGACAAUAAAUGCUACUCACGUGACAAAAAAAAAACGAUCCAAGCUUUCUACUUGUUAUCAUCAUUGAAGUUUUUCUAAUUCAGGUUAGUUUUGAUCAUUUCUUUAUUGUUCUUUAGGAGUUUUGACAUUAUUAAAAUACCCAUAUCCAAGAGACAUAGCCGAACCAUCAACUUAUGAGAAGGUGCGAGUACAUGCUGAGUGGGGCAAGAACAGAAGAAGCAGUGUUGAAAACAAUACUGAUGAUGGUGUUCAGUCUGUGAGUACAUGAUUAUCUGGUUUCAUACAUGUUUUAGAUUUUUUGAAAAAAUAAUAUUAUAUUGUCUUAAUAAAAGAAUUCUCAACCCCUCUGACUUUUUAUUUGUAUCAGGUGUUAGAGCAGCUGAACAUUAUCUUUCCUGUAAUUUUCCUCUCAGUCUACAGUGGUUGAUAAGUUCUUUGUUCUGUGAUAGAGCUAGGUGGAAAAUGUUCUGUUAUGUAAUAUGAAAGUGAUAUUUGUAAUGCAUGUUAACAAAUGGGUAGCCUGGGUGGCAGGCUUUUGAAAUGGAAGGGAAAGGGGAUUCUGGACAUGAGAGAAGCGCGAGGGGUGCACGAGGAAGGAGGUAGUGGAAUGCCUGCAAGGAUGGUAUUGUUUUUUAUGUCAUAAACAUAGACAGAUGAAUGUCCAUCUUCAAAAUUGUCAAUCACAGCCUUAAUACCUUAAUCCGAUUGGUUGAAAUCAACAUCACACUAUUUGAGUAACUUAAUCGAUCUCCCAAUAAUCAUUAAAUAUGUGCAUUGCAGCCAGACUUAUUUGACAGCUAGACAUUCACAGUUGUGUUAUUUUUGCAUACAUACCUGGCAGCGUGGAUGGCAAAAAUAAUGGCUACCUUGCAGGCAAUCCCCUCCUCCCUUCUCCCUUGCGCACGGUCUCGCACCCAAAUUUCCUUCCCCUUCCCUUUCGAAUGUCUGCCAUGCAGGCUAACAAAUGGGCUUAUAUCCUUGUCUUUUGAGAUUUUGAACAAUUGCCUUAGUUUUGAAUUAAAUAUUAAUUUCAAUAUCUCAUAAUCUAUGAGCUCUUUUGUAGUGUCUUAUGUGUAUCACUUUCAAUAAAAAAAUUCAAAGACAUUUUCCUGACAUUUUCUGACUGCCAUUGUUUUCCCUCUUUUGCGGGACAUUGAGGUGCCAUCUCCAUGUUAAGUGCUUUAAAUAUUGCCUCUCAAAACAUAUCUCUGAUUAUCUCUUGUACACUGUCAGUUUGAAAAACCAUCAUACAGAUCUGUAUCUUGGCAAGGUCUUUUGUAUUUUUAUCCCCUUUUAUAUAUCAGAGUCUUGACUUUCAGCAAUUGUCAAUUGGUCAGUAAGAUUUUUAUAUCAAUUUUGAUGAACGGUGCUGGUGCCUAAAGGGAUGCAGAUUUUUAGACUCUGAAGUGGCAACAAAACUCCUAAGAGCUCAGGUCACCAAAGAUGUUGGCUUUCCAGACUCUUUCAUGCCAUUCAAUGCUUUCCAGGCAAGAGCCUUAACUCGCUCAAUCUGACAUCUUGCUCAUGCAGUUGAGGAAAUGCAUGACCCUUGAUACUUGACGUCAUCCACUUCCUCGAGCACUGUGCAAUCGCACAUGACCAAAGAUCUCAAGGUCCUCUUUUACCUAUUUAAUGCCCCCUGUUGGACCUCUAAAAUAAUUUAAUAAAAUUAAUAAACACCCCAGGCUACUAUUAGAUCAUUUACGGUACCUGGAUUUUUGGGGAUGAUUAUUAGUAUUCUAGUUGUAUGAAUAAAUACACCAUCUGUACAACUUAGUCAUACCCAAAUCAAGGAAGGCCAUCAGAGAUAAUUGUAGCAGCAAUUGACACUUAAUCAGUUAUUGAAAAAUCCUUGCAUUUAAAUGUACAUGUAAAGGUUCGUUUUAAUAUUUAGACAUAUCAUUUUUCAGUUUGGAUCAAAAGAAGGAUAUCUUACAAAGCUUGGUGGUAAAAUAAAG